AUGAAUAGACUAAAGUUUAGCGAAAGUAUCGAAACUCAAAUCGAGUUUUUAAAUAGAAACUUGGGCGAAGAAGACAUAGAUGAAUUUCAAAAGUUGUUAGUUGAUUGCAAAACAGAGAAGAAUGUAAACCUUCUCCUUGUAUCCUAUUUGCAUUUAUUGCCCUCGGCAUUAUCAACGCAAGUACUAUCAUCAAAAGGUUAUCAGAAAAUUCAGAAACCUAUCAAAAUUGGGUAUUUGAUUAAUGAAGAUAUAGUGUUUUAUGACAAAUUAGAUGAUAUUUUGUGCAACUAUUUAAAAUAUGAAGGCGCGGAAGUGCUAAAAUUCAAGUUAGAGGAUAUUUUUGUUAAAGCCAGUAAUAAUGGAAUAGAUAUUUGGAUUCACGGAGAAAAAUGUGAUUUAGACGGAUUUUUAUCUUACGGCUAUCGGAAAAAGCUUAAUAUGGAUGCAUACUAUAGCAUAGUUAAAAUAAUGCAAGAAAAAGGCGUGACUUGUUUACAUUCACACAAUAUGGAGCAAAUUUUAAAUAGUAAAUUAUUGCAAGCGAUGCAUUUUGCCAAGUCCAAUAUUGCUAUACCAGAUACUUACCAAUCGUUUGAGAUAAAAAGCACUAAGCAACUAGUAGAUAAACUCGAUGUCUUGCCUUGUUUAAUUAAACCAUAUAAUGAUUAUUGCGGUGACAACAUCAUUAAGUUAGACCAUAAAGUAGGCGUUAUAAAUGCCAUUGGAAAGUCGUUGUGGAACGGAGAGCAUUUGUUAAUACAAAAAUUUAUUCCUGAUUAUUACGGAAAAUCUUUAAGAGUUUUGUGUUUUAAUGGUAAAUGUUACGGAAUUGUUGAGUAUGAAGAUACAAGUGGGGAUUAUCGAUCUUGCGUUGGUUUUGGUGACGCAUGUCGUUGGUAUUCUGGUAUGAACCAUCCAAAGUAUGAAGUAUUUAAACAAGUUGCUGAGCGGGCAGUAAAGGCGUUAGGUGAAGAUGUUCUUGUUGCUGGGGUCGAUUUAAUGGACUCGGAACAAAAAGGUGUGGUUGUUCUAGAGAUCAACGGAUGGCCAGAUUUAUCUGAAAUUUGGGUUGUUACUAAGAAGUGUGCUUAUAAUAAAUGCAAGAGUCGAUUAAAAGGGCUUAUAAACUCACGACCAUUGACUUAUCAAUCAAGUGAUCCUAAAGACUGCACACCCCUUACACCAAAUCAUUUUUUAUUUGGUCAAUUAGGUGGUGAUGAUUAA